UCUGGUUCCCUGAGGUCCAGGAGGCCCUGGGCAGUCGUGGAUGCAGAUCAGAGGCUAAGGACAUCCAGGACGCAGCGGCUCUAGCAGUCCAGUCAAGACUUUUGUGGUGGUGGCAGUUUCACGGACACUUCUCACGGUCGCACAGACUUGCACAGUCAGCUCUGGAGGAUGUCCAUGGCAUCUUACCACAUCCGCCAAUACCAGGACCGGGACCACAAGCAGGUCGUGGACUUGUACUCGGAGACCAUCACCGAACUCACCGUCACCGGCUCACGCCACCUGCUAAAGCUGCCCCGCACCCUGGCGCUCCUCCUUGGAGGGCCGCUGGCCAUCUUCCUCCUCACUGGCUCCUGGCCUCUGACCCUCCUGGCUGGCCUCUUGCUCUUCGCUGCCCUGAAGUACUUUGGCAAGGUUCCUUGGGUGCAGUUCAAGGUCAUGGCUUUGAACACCGACAUGUCUGACAUCAGCAAAUAUUACCUGAGCGGGCAAGGCUCCUGCUUCUGGGUGGCUGAGUCCCAAGGCCGGGUGGUGGGCACGGUGGGGGCUCUGCCUGUGGAGGAGCCCACCCUGUGCGGGGAUCACCUAGAGCUUUUCCACCUGUGCAUGCAUCCAGCACACAGAGGCCAGGGCAUAGCCAAGGCCCUGGUGAGAACUGUCCUCCAGUUUGGGCAGGACCAGGGCUACAAGGCAGUUGUCCUCAGCACCAGUUCAGUGCAGUACGCAGCUCUGGGCCUCUACCAGAGCCUGGGGUUUCGUAAGACCCAUGAGUACUUCUACUCUUUGACCUGGAGACUAAACGCCAUCCCUUUCGUUAGACUUGCUUAUUAUUUCCCCUCUGCUCAGGUCUCCCACAGGUCUAGGUAGAGAGAGACCCGUGCUCUGAAACGGCAGAUCAGUCAGAGAAUAAGGAAACCCGAGAUGUCAGUGUGCGUUUCACUUUGCUAAUAAAAAUGGUGUAAGCAUUG